AUGUCUGGGGUAAAUGUACAGAAAUGUCCAGGAACACAUGUCUGUCCACAUUCUAGUACAGAGGACAAAGUUCACUGCGAUACUGAACUAUUAAGGCCAAACUCCCAACCUUCCCCCACUGUACAAUGCUCAUACCUCCAGGCUGGAGGACCAAAUAUUGGGGCUGUGCAGGGUACAUCGGGGGUGUCGGGGGUUACAGACAUAUUACUGGAUGUGAACACAGCCGGUGAUCUUCUACAUAUAUCAGAUGACGGGAAAACUGCAACCUGGUCAUGGGAGAGUCAAAAUCGUCCAGAAACUGCAGAGAGAUUUCUGUGUCCUCAGGUGUUGAGCAGUCGGAGUUUCUCCUCAGGGCGACAUUACUGGGAAGUGGAUGUCGGGUGGUCAGGAAACUGUAUAGUCGGGAUGUGUUACCCCAUUAUAGAGAGGAGAAAAUAUCAGUCAGUGAUUGGAGAAAAUAAGAAGUCCUGGGGUUUGCAGAGGAAGUGGGGUUAUAAUCAAUACUCAGUGAUACAUAACAGGAAGAAGAUCCCAUUACCCGGCAAUGUCUCCAGUAACAGAGUCAGGAUAGAUCUGGAUUAUGAGGCCGGGCGGAUCUCCUUUUAUGAUCUGUGUGACCCGAUCCGACACCUCCACACCUUCACCACCACCUUCACUGAGCCGAUCCAUGCCGGGGUAUGUGUAGGGCAAGGGGGAGGUUGUAUAACGAUAUUGGGGGGAAUCAGUUGUGAGAAGUCUGCCCAGAGACUGGUAGCAUCGUAA